AUGGCACGCACAGAUCGAACCUACGAGUUCGAAGAUGAAGUUUGCGAAGCUCUAAAACAGAGCUUCACCAUCCGACUUCUGUCUCGUCAUCCAGGGCCGAUCAAAGAGUGGGCAGCAGUUGGAGCACAGAAGAUCAGCCGAGCUCUUCUCAAACAAAUCGGGGAUGAAGAUGCAGCCUUCGACAUCCAGGUCCUUAUGAUCGAGUUACUUGAUACGAAAACCCGCAUUCUAUUCUGCUUUGACCUCUUUCUGAAGGAAUGCGAUGAGGCAGCUAAGCUGAGAAUCAGCAAUACUUCCCAAAUGCCCACCUACUACAUGUACAUCAAAGGGCCGCGUUGCUUGGCUCGGAAGCAUGAGAAGUCGUCGGAUUUAGUCGCGCAAAGGCUUCAAGGUUACUUGGAACGGGUCAAAGACCCGAUGCCUUAUUUCAACGAUCUGGAAAACCCUUCGUUUUUAAUUAAUGGGAUCCGGCAAGAAUCUCGAGAUACAACAGAAGCGAGUACUGAGAACAGUUCAGCUUUAGAUGGCGAAGAUGAGGAAAAAGAAAAGGAUUCAGGAGGGGCUUGA